UUUUACCCACUGUACAAAAAUCAAUGAUUUUGGCGUAUCACAGACAAUAAGGCAUAGAGCUAGGUCAGCUGACUUAAUUUUUAUCAUUGGUCUUGUGAUAAGUUGUGAUAUUCCGCCAUUCUCGGUUCGUCUCAUCCAUCUUUCUCGUCUCAACAGGACACACAGAUAGUACAAAAUGGCGAGCAAAGGCGGUUUGAAGACGAUCGCCAAUGAGGAGAAUGAGGAGAGGUUCGGAUACGUGUUCGCCGUGUCCGGUCCUGUCGUAACAGCGGAGAAGAUGUCCGGAUCCGCUAUGUACGAGCUGGUGCGCGUCGGUUACAACGAGCUGGUGGGAGAAAUCAUCCGUCUUGAGGGUGACAUGGCCACCAUCCAGGUAUACGAGGAGACCUCAGGUGUCACAGUCGGUGACCCUGUGCUGCGUACCGGCAAGCCCUUGUCCGUGGAACUCGGCCCCGGUAUCCUGGGCUCCAUCUUUGACGGUAUCCAGCGUCCACUGAAGGACAUCAACGAGCUCACACAGUCCAUCUACAUCCCCAAGGGUGUGAACGUGCCCUCGCUCGCCAGGGAGGUCGACUGGGAAUUCAACCCCCUCAAUGUUAAGGUCGGCUCCCACAUCACCGGCGGAGACCUGUACGGUAUCGUGCACGAGAACACGCUCGUGAAGCACAAGAUGUUGAUGCCGCCGCGCGCCAAGGGUACCGUCACCUACAUCGCGCCCGCCGGCAACUACAAAGUCACUGAUGUAGUGUUGGAGACAGAGUUCGACGGCGAGAAGGCGCAGUACACGAUGUUGCAGGUGUGGCCCGUGCGUCAGCCCCGUCCCGUCACCGAGAAGCUCCCCGCCAACCACCCGCUGCUCACUGGACAGAGAGUACUCGACUCCCUCUUCCCCUGUGUCCAGGGCGGUACCACUGCCAUCCCCGGAGCCUUCGGUUGCGGCAAGACUGUCAUCUCACAGGCGCUGUCCAAGUACUCCAACUCUGACGUCAUCAUCUACGUGGGUUGCGGAGAGCGUGGUAACGAGAUGUCUGAGGUACUGCGUGACUUCCCUGAGCUGACGGUGGAGAUUGAGGGUGUGACGGAGUCCAUCAUGAAGCGUACCGCCCUCGUCGCCAACACAUCCAACAUGCCUGUCGCUGCCCGUGAGGCUUCCAUCUACACAGGAAUCACCCUUUCCGAGUACUUCCGUGACAUGGGUUACAACGUGUCCAUGAUGGCUGACUCGACCUCCCGUUGGGCCGAGGCUCUUCGUGAGAUCUCAGGUCGUCUAGCUGAGAUGCCUGCCGAUUCCGGUUACCCUGCGUACCUGGGAGCCCGUCUGGCCUCCUUCUACGAGCGUGCCGGUAGAGUCAAGUGUCUCGGAAACCCUGACAGGGAAGGUUCGGUGUCCAUCGUGGGUGCCGUGUCGCCGCCCGGAGGUGACUUCUCGGACCCCGUGACGGCGGCCACGCUGGGUAUCGUGCAGGUGUUCUGGGGUCUCGACAAGAAACUCGCGCAGAGGAAGCACUUCCCCUCCAUCAACUGGCUUAUCUCUUACAGCAAGUACAUGCGUGCUUUGGAUGACUUUUAUGAGAAGAACUACCCCGAAUUCGUGCCCCUUAGGACUAAGGUCAAGGAGAUCCUGCAGGAGGAAGAGGACCUGUCAGAAAUCGUGCAGCUGGUCGGUAAAGCCUCGCUCGCCGAGACCGACAAGAUCACCCUCGAGGUCGCCAAACUGCUUAAGGACGACUUCUUGCAACAGAACAGCUACUCGUCAUACGAUCGAUUCUGUCCGUUCUACAAGACCGUGGGAAUGCUUAAGAACAUCAUCUCGUUCUACGACAUGUCGCGGCACGCGGUGGAGUCCACGGCCCAGUCCGACAACAAGGUCACGUGGAACGUGAUCCGCGACGCCAUGGGCAACGUGCUCUACCAACUCUCCUCCAUGAAGUUCAAGGACCCAGUGAAAGACGGCGAGGCCAAGAUCAAGGCAGAUUUCGACCAGCUGUUGGAGGAUAUGUCCGCCGCCUUCCGUAACCUCGAGGACUAAGCACAGCCGUACUACAGUACAGUACAGUAGGGAGCGCCCACGAGCCGCGCCGCGACAUCCUCCGCAGCCGAGAGGACAUCUUUAUCGACUUGUUUUCAUGUUGUCAUUUUUAUUAUAAUUUAUUGAUUAAUAUGAGGAUAUAUGUUUUCGUAUUCUAUUCACGUCCGGAGCGUUUUGAGACAGUUUUUUCGAGUCUGGAGUGUUUUGCAUUUUAUCGAUAUUAUCGAGUGUCGGGCGUCGUUAAGGCGGUGCUGUUAGCGAGGUAUGCGUUAUGACACACGCAUAUAUCGUAAUAACAGCGUUGUUUAAACGGGUCUGUGCGCAGGCGCAGUUCGUGGGCGGUCGUGUUGUUAUAGUAAUUAUGUAGUGUUAAAUAUAUUACAACAUCGAUUCCAGAGGAUGGUGUCGCGGGCUAGAACUCCGACAGCGCGAAAGCCUACAAAGGGCGUGGCUUGUAAACGGCACAAUAAGGCCGACUAACAAUUCUCCGUUAUUUGAAAUAGCAGUUCAAACACAGUCGUCACAGUGGCGGUAGUCCGAAUGUUUGGACCUGGGUUGGUGUUUAUAAAGUUCGCCCAAUCUAUUGUAAAUAUAUAACAGGUUCGCUGUUCUAGCCCGCGGGCCGUUACGGCGUUUAGUUGUUUUAUGAAAUCUAUUUAUGUACUAUAUCGAUCGGUAAACCGUGAUUUAUAAUCAAAUAUCCUCUUGCAUUCCACGUUGUUGUUAGAAAUAUAGAAUUCAAAACGUUUGUUGUUUUCGAGAGCUUUUUACGCUUAAUAUGGAUGUUCAUUCAGUAUUAAUGUAAUGCGUACGAGUACGCAGUAACAAUAGUCCGCACUAAUAUGUCUACUCGCUGUUUGAAAUUCUGUGACGUUACGUGUUGAGAAAUUAUUAUAAAUAAUAAUAAAAUAUUGUAAACAUA